AUGGUGGGUGCUGAAACCACAAAAACUACUAUUGCCACCAACAACAACACCACCACCACCACUACCAAGGCCAAUAAAAUGGUGCAAUCAAGCAAACAGGCAGUUCGUAGAUUUGUGGGAGUGAGACAAAGACCCUCAGGGAGAUGGGUGGCAGAGAUUAAGGACUCUCAACGUGUUAGACUAUGGCUAGGAACAUAUGAUACCCCAGAAGAAGCGGCUAGAGCCUAUGAUGAAGCUGCUCGAGCCCUACGUGGGGAAAAUGCUCGAACCAACUUUGCAUCAGUGAACCCCAUUAAUUCGAGCCUAACAGGUUCUUCACCUAGUAAUGGAGGGUUACCGACACAAUCUGAUGGGAGGCAUGGACAUAGCUUCUCUUCCUUGAAAGCUAAAUUGAGCAAAAACAUCCAAAACAUCAUGGCAAGGACAAGUGACAAUAAGUCCUCAAAGAGUAGAGUGAGUGACCACUUUACUUUUGCAAGGAUUUUUCACUUCAGAAGUUACCAAUACCAAAGCCAGAUGGACAUCAACAACAUAGGGAAAAUGGUGCAGCCAAGCAUUAUUGUGCCCCAGGUGGAGACUAGCACUACUACUAGUACUGAGCCUUCUUCUUGGGAAUGCUCUAGUGUUUCGGAUUGCAGUACUGAAUGGGUCGGGUUCAGGCAACUUGGGUUGGAUUCAGAUGGGUCAGAUAUUGUAGAAGUUAGUUUUAACGAGCAAGGGUUUGUGGACCAAAUGAUCUCGGGGUGGAUAGAUAGCCCAGAAUUCAUGGGUGUUUGUGGCAGCAGCGAGGAGGAGGAGGAGGGUUCAAGGAGUAAGAGGUUCAAAGUUUCUUCUUCUGUCAUGGUGCCUCCAACCUUUAGUACUGGGUCACUACACAAUGGUGAAAUUUGA